AUGUUUCAAAACAAAUCGGACUGUGAUCAGUACAUUGUCACUAUCGGCUUGAUGAAGGCAUCCGAGCACCUUCUGGGCGAGGAUGUUGCAAACAUUGACCUAGUAAUCGCCAAGGAGCGCCUGAUGACCAGGAUCCUUAAUUUCAACAACCAUAUUAGCCGCGUUUGGACCAUUGCUGAGCGUGCGAACGCUCUCGAGGGCAACCGCAGCAUCUCCCAGCGUUUCAGCGACAUCAUGGGCCUCAGCAGGUGCGGAUCGCUCAAAGAUAAACGCUACGUCCAGCCGCACUGUCGCAUGGUGCAGGGCCUGUCGCCUCAGGCUAGCCUGGAAUCGGACUUUUCUCUCACCGCAGGCUCUAUCCUGCCGUUUGACGCAAUAAAUUUCAACUCCUUAUCUAGGAAGGCCAGCACCGUUAACAAAAUUAAGGUUCUAAAUCGUGACGAGUUCUUUGUAUACUCGGCCUCGCUCACCUUCAAUCCGACCGUCAGGACCGCAGCUGAUCUCCUGACGCCCUGCGAGAAGGGUCGAGUCGUGUUCACGGUCAACGCCAAGAUGCCUACCGACGCCAGGCAGAGGAAGAUCUACUCGAAGAUGAUGGUUCAGUUUUUGGGCAGCGACGCCUCACUCCUGGACGUGAAGAGCGAUAGCUCCUGCUUAAACUCGCCCCUGCGCAACGCCAAGGACACGAGGGGCAAUUUAUCUGACGCUUCCACCUCUAAGCCCAUUCCCAAGUACUUCGACGAGUACUACUCCGACGAGGACGACCUCGCGUUCGACAGGAAGUUCAACCCUGACCCCAACUACUCGUUCCUCCAUCACAACACUUAUAUACUUUCCAAGUACCUCAACACGGGCAUGUUGAUGAAUAAGGACCACAAAUACUUCGAUCAGCGCCUUCUUCAGGUAAAGCUUCUGAAGAGCAUGAGGGCCAGCACCUAA